AACGCCAAGAGGAGUAGAAAGAGAUAUCAGGUGAAGGCUUCACAGUUCGUCAGUCAGUCAGCAGUUAACAGACACUGAAGUUUGUCUCCUCAAGGACCUUUUACUGGAUAUAUAUUUCUAUUGUCUUCAUCUCUCACCUCUCACCUCUCACACACCUGUUGGACAUGGGGUUCCUUCUGACCAAGAUGAUGGCAGUGUUCGGCGACGCAGAGCACAAAGUCAUCAUUGUGGGUUUAGACAAUGCUGGAAAGACGACCAUCCUCUAUCAGUUUUUGACAAAGGAAGCAGUCCACACAUCACCAACCAUCGGCAGCAACGUUGAGGCGAUCACCGUACGAAAAACACACUUCUUGGUUUGGGACAUCGGUGGACAGGAUAGCCUUCGAGCAAGCUGGUACUCGUACUUCGGCAACACAGAGAUUGUCAUCCUGGUUGUGGACAGUACUGACCGUGAACGCCUCACUCUCACCAAAGAUGAGCUGCACCGCAUGCUCGCACAUGAGGACCUGCAGAAUGCAGCGCUUCUCAUUUUGGCCAACAAACAGGACGUGAAGGGCUCGAUGACGGCGACGGAGAUCUCUCAGUGCCUCACGCUUGACAACAUCUCAUCACACUCGUGGCAUGUUCAAGCCUGCUGCGCUCUGACAGGAGAAGGUCUCCCUGCAAGUCUGGACUGGAUGAAGUCACGGGUUGUUGCCAGCUAGAACAACGCUCCAGUGGAUCAAACUUCCUCAAACUGAGCCAACCUCGAAAGGCCCCACAGUGGCCACAGUGUCAAGGUUAUUUACAGUGUUUUGGGUUAAAGUCCUGUGAACAUGGCGUCUGUGAUAGAGCCGCUCCCGCCACACCUACAGGCCUCAAAGUGGACAAGCAGCAGAGAAACCUGUAUGAUAUUCACGUUGACAUACACCACAUAUCAGUAAAUUCCUUCCGGGUGUUGACUUUUGCAUUGUUCAAGAAAUGCCCGAGAGCGUUUUUUAUCAAGUGUAGAGAAGUGAACCAUGUUUAUGUUAGACAUCCUACCAAACCAGUAAUAUCACAUUCCCCUCUGGUCUCACUGGGAUUCUUUCAUUACAACAGGGACAACAUCUUACUGUACUGAAUUGUAAAGUAGGCUAGUAAUUUAAGUACCAUGCAUUCAUUAAUUACUACAACUGAACAAGUUAUACAAAAGAUGUUACAAGCUACACUUAAGGCAGAUAGGUCACAAUGUACACACAAAUAAUUGAUGACACUAAAGCACAUAUUUUCCAGGUCAAGUAUUGUUUGUCCUCAUAUUUAAAUGUUAUUAGGCUGCCCUCACAUUCCUCAUGUGCCUACACAUUAAGCUUUGAGCAAGACAAUCAGGAUUCAUUUUUAACUUUUAUUGGUGAUUCUUGUCACCGAUGACCUUCAUUCUUAAUUUACCUGAACCACUUCUUCUGCAAACAAAUUCAGUACCUCACGAGUUAGUAGCUGCCUAGCAUUAAACCUCCUGUGGCCUCAGAAACUCUGCAAUAUACAAGUCUGCACCUGAUGUAUACAACUAUAUUUUAUGCCAUGGAAACAACAGGACUCUUUAUUAGCCCUAAACACAUUUAGUAAUUUAUUUUAAGAAAACAAAGCUCUUUAACUAUUUAUUGUAUAUAACAGAAAUUUUCUGAAUAAGAAAAAAAGAGCUAGCUGCUAAAGACUAUGAGUCAUAUUUUAAAAGUGUGUAUUGUAUUCUGUAUUUUUUUUUUUAAAUAAAUAUUAUUGCAAAUAUGCA